UUUUUUUUUUUUACAGUGGUUGAUUUUCAUAAGUCUAUGGCUAAGCCGUGCGUGGCUAUAUCUUUGGCAAUACAACAAAAUACCAGAAUCUGUAGCCGAUUUGCAGUACCCUUGUGUUGGCUUUUAUUUUGACAAAUAUCAUACUCUUCCGGUUCGGAGUUUUACGUUUGAAAACAAGCACUGAAAGUAUAUUUGUCUAGUUUGGGUUUUCUUUGCAUUCUUUCUUAAUUUAUAUGGAUAGUGCUGUGAUUAAAGAUAGUUAUCAAUGUGUCAGGUAUUUCUGCACCACCGGCAGCGGUCUGGAGCCGUUUCUCGUUGAGGAAGUUAAGCGCAAACUGUCGGCCAGUGAUGUGGAGCUCAUAUCUGGCAGAGUAUUUUUCUCUACUGAUGCAGCUGUGGAGAGCAUCAGCCAGCUGAAAUCUGCAGAGAGGCUCUUUAUUUUGCUGCACCGAUCUCCACCCAUUCGAGCUCCAGUCAGUCAGGCAAAGGCUGCAAGUGUGGUGCAGCAAAGCAUUGUGGGAGAUCCUGAGGUCUGGGAAGGAGCUCUUUGCACCUGGAGCCGUCUAAAAACUAGGCUUACAGGCAUAAAGAUGACCCGGAAGAGAAAGAGAGAAGAGGAGGAGCACACAGAGGCCCAGGGUGGUCACUCACGGGACAUCCAGAGUGACACGAGUGGCCUUCAGACAGACUCUGAGCAGCAAAAGCCAACCUUUCGAGUGAGCUGCCGCUCCAGUGGAGCUUUGGCAAGGCGCUUCAGCCCACAGGACAUGAGCCGGCUUAUAGGGAGUGCCAUAACCAAACAACUGAACUGGCGAGCAGAUCUGAAAACCCCUGACUUGGAGGUGAACGUGUACUUAAGUGAUGACCACUGUGUGGUGGGGAUAUUGCUCUCAAGCCAACCCUUGGCCAAACGCAGCUACAUGAAGCACACUGGGCUCAGAUCGACUGUGGCGUGGGCUAUGGCCUCAGUCUCAAACAUAAAGGAAGGUGCUGUCAUCAUCGACCCAAUGUGUGGAGUGGGCACCAUUUUGCUAGAGGCAGCUCAGGAGUGUCCGAAUGCAUGUUUCUUUGGGCUGGACAGUGAUGUGGGGCAGCUGCAGAAGGCCACAGAGAAUAUGGAGUUUGCCCAGCUGCAGGGUAGAGUGCAGCUCCUGCAAGCAUCUGCCAUGGGAAUCCCUCUGCCCUCGGGCUCCGUGGACGUGGUGGUCUGUGAUGUCCCCUUUGGACGGAAGUUCAGCUGCGGCUCCAGCAUGGCUGCCGCUCUGCCAGAGAUAGUCAAAGAGAUGGAGAGAGUUCUCUGUGUUGGUGGGUCUCUUGUGCUUCUCGUGAGCCUCCAGCUCUCUACUCUCCUAAAGAAGAGAAUCCCCAAGGAUGCCCCCGCCCCACACACACCCAGCUCCACACGCUGCCCUGCCUCAGACGCCCUCCUCAGCUCAGAGACGCACACCUGCGCGACAUCCACCCACCAUGGAGACGCACGGCCCUCAGACCGCACCGCACCCCAGCCCUUCUUUUCUCUCCAGACAAACAGCUUUCACAAAGUCGGCCUUGGCAACACAGACGCAAUAAUACACACUUACACCAAGACCCGCGGACUCUGAUGACAGCCACCCAUAUGACACGCACAGUGAAUGAUCAAUGAUGUUUAUAUUUUAUAUAAAUAAAACUGCUCUCUUGUUUUA